AUGGGCCUUUUGGUAGAUAUGCCGAAGCAAAUUUCUGGAACAACAAAUGACGGAAACACUGCUCGCAGAUUUUUUGCUAAUCCGACUUUGUCAUCCGAUAUAACGGGAUUAGACAUUGAACUUAUACAGCGUUUUUCAAUAAUUUUACAAGCUGUUUCUAGUGAACAAGAAAUAAAUGAAGACGAAUUUGAAAAGUUUACUUUUGACACUGCGAAACUGUAUGUUCAACUAUAUAACUGGUAUUUUAUGCCGGCUAGUGUACAUAAGUUGUUAAUUCAUGGAAGACAAAUUAUUGAGCAUGCCAUUCUACCAAUAGGACAACUUUCUGAAGAAGCGCAAGAGGCUCGAAAUAAAGAUUUCAAAGCUUUCCGAGAAUAUUUCUCACGAAAAUAUUCAAGGCAAAAAACUUUGGAAGACAUAAUACAUAUGUUACUUAUUACGUCUGACCCUUUAAUUACAAAGCUGAGAAGCAACUCUAAAAAACAUGAGAAUUUACUAUCUAAAGAAGCUGCAUUGUUGUUGAGAAACAAUCAAAAGAUAAACUACAGUUCCUCGGACAGUAGUUCUGCUGAAGAUGACGAAAAUUUUAGUUAUUGA